AUGCCUCCACCGAAGAAGAACAGUGCUUAUCAACGGUUAAUGAUACGAAUAUCUUGCCUCCUUCCAGCAAAACUUCGUCCUGUUUUUUUACAUCCUGCAGGACCGACUACUGUAUUCUUUUGGGCACCUACGUUUAAAUGGGGUUUGGUGUUAGCAGGAUUGGGUGACAUGAAGCGACCUCCAAACACGAUUUCUCUUACGCAAACUGCAAGUCUGAUGAUUACUGGUGCCAUAUGGUCCAGGUAUUCACUGAUCAUCACACCAAAGAACUAUAAUUUGUUCAGUGUAAACGCGUUUACGUGUUUAACGGGAAUGUAUAAUUUUAUACGAGCUCUGCUUUACAAAAUAGAACAAGAGAAGGCUGAGGAAAAGGAUUCAGAAUAG